UUAGAUUCCUCUCCCUGGCUGUCCUCUGCUGCUGUUUGUGAAUGAGACUCAGUUUCUGAAUGGAGUAGCUGGGGGCUCUGGCUGGCUCAUCAGGGGAAGCAGUAUUGGCCAUGAGAAGGAGAGGGGGACGGGUUGUCUUUGCUUCCUUCCUCCCUCUCUGCUGCUUUUGAGGAAUAAGGACUGCGAGACAGACAAGCGAGAGAUGGAGGCUGCAGGAAGGAGAUUCAUUUUCUAAAAAGAAAAUACAAAUGAAGAGAGGGAAUUGAUCGUCUCAUGCUAACUAUAUUCAGGAAGCAACAGCAGGGGGAUCUUGCAAAGGCAGAGAAGAAAAGCCCAGGCGGAUUGAGCCACAGUGUGGCGAGAUUGCAAGCAGAUCUUGUGGGGGGAAUGAAACUUCCAGAGCAGCUGUUUUUUUUACCCCCUUCUUGUGUGUGCAAUUUUCUGUACCCUGCAAAAGCUUUAAUGAAACCGAGGAAGAACUAAAAGAGCCCGACGUUUGCAAAGAAACCAAAAGAAUCGUUGCAAUUUAAGAGGAGACAAAACUGAACUUUAAUUUAUUUUUUCUUUCCAGUUGCAUCAGCUUUUCGGGGGAAGGGAUCACUGCAUUAACCUUUCCCCCUCCAAGUGUGUGGCUAAUCUGCAAGAGAGACUAAUGGGUGCUCCCUGGGACCUCAGGAGCAGCGUCCCUAGUUGAGCGGGGUACUUGAGGGGCCCCUGGCUGGGAGGGAGGGAGGCCAGCUGCCCCCUCCGGGGUGUUGGCUGGGGGAAAAGGGGCCGGUUUGCUGGUUUUGAGUCAGGCUGGUCGAUGCUUGAAAGCCCUGGCUUAAAAACUCCGAAGAAACAAGCAGCAGCAGCCGCCGCCUCCUCCUCAGCAGUUUUCAAGCAGGAGGAGCUGCGGCAGCAGGAUGGCCGCAGAGCUGAGCCCGGAGGAGGAGCAGGCCACGAAGCAGUUCCUAGAGGAGAUUAACAAGUGGACUGUGCAGUACAAUGUGUCUCCGCUUUCCUGGAACGUGGCCGUCAAGUUCCUCAUGGCUAGGAAGUUUGAUGUCCUCCGAGCGAUUGAACUGUUCCACUCCUACAGAGAAACUCGGUUGAAGGAAGGAAUUGUGAAGCUGAAACCUCAUGAAGAACCUCUGCGCUCUGAGCUGCUCAGUGGGAAAUUCACCAUCCUAAAUGCGCGGGACCCCUCCGGAGCCUCUAUCGCCCUCUUCACCGCCAAGUUACAUCAUCCCAAUAAAAGCGUCCAACAUGUGGUGCUCCAGGCGCUGUUCUAUCUGCUGGACAGAGCUGUGGAGAGCUUUGAAACGCAGAGAAACGGCCUGGUGUUCAUCUACGACAUGGCGGGCUCCCACUAUACCAACUUCGAGCUGGACCUGAGCAAGAAAAUCCUCAACCUGCUGAAGGGAGCCUUCCCAGCUCGUCUCAAAAAGGUGUUUAUUGUGGGUGCCCCGAUGUGGUUCCGAGUCCCCUACUCCAUCAUCAGCCUCCUGCUGAAAGAGAAGCUCCGAGAAAGGGUUCAGAUGGUGAAGAUGUCAGAGCUGAAGGAACACCUGCCCCGGGAAUGUCUCCCCGAAUACCUGGGGGGAUCUCUCAAGCUGGACCCUCUCAGCUGGAACUGCGGGUUCCUCCCCCAGCAGAAUGGCCAUCCAGACCCGUUGGAUGAGCUGAUCCUGGUACCGCUGGUUUCCCCACGAGAUAAUGGCUCAGUGCAUGUUCCAGGACCAAAGUGCAUGACUGUCCAUCAACUGAAGGACCAUGUGAACCGAAAGCAGAAGAGGGGAAUCUAUGAGGAGUACGAGGACAUCCGGCGCAGGAGUCCUGCGGGGACCUUCAUCUGCUCCCUGGCUCCGUAUAACCAGGAGAAGAACCGUUAUGGGGACGUGCCGUGCCUGGACCAAACUCGAGUGAAGCUGACCAAGCAGUACAGCCGCUCCGAGCUGACAGACUACAUCAAUGCCAGCUUCAUGGAUGGCUAUAAGCAAAGGAAUGCUUACAUUGGUACUCAAGGACCUCUGGAAAACACGUAUUGUGACUUCUGGCGCAUGGUGUGGGAGCAAAACGUUCUGGUGAUUGUCAUGACAACCAGGCUUGAGGAGGGAGGCCGGAGGAAGUGUGGCCAGUACUGGCCAUUGGAGAAAGACUUCCAGGUGUGCUACGGAUCCCUCACUGUCACCAACCUUGGGGUGGAGAACCUGAACCAUUACAAGAAAACCCUUCUGGAGAUCUAUAACACUGAGCACAGAGAGAGGCGACUGGUGUCCCAUUUCCAGUACUUGAGUUGGCCGGAUUACGGCGUUCCUUCUUCAGCUGCCACUCUGAUCGACUUCCUGGGGGCGGUCAAGCAGCAGCAGAGGUUGGCGGCCAGUGCCCUGGGGCCUCGCUUCAAAGGUCACGCAGGAGGGCCGCCUAUGGUGGUCCAUUGCAGCGCUGGCAUUGGCAGGACAGGUACCUUCUGCGCGCUGGACAUCUGCCUCUCCCAGCUGCAGGACAUGGGCACGCUGAACGUGUACCAGACGGUGAUGCGGAUGAGAACGCAGAGAGCCUUCAGCAUCCAGACCCCCGAGCAGUACUAUUUCUGUUACACGGCCAUCAUUGAGCAUGUGCAGAGAGAGGGCCUGCUGCCCUCCACUCCCACACGGGCAGGCCAGGAGAAGAGCUAAUGGGGACGCAACCCAUCCCGAUGGCAGGGACUGGCUCUCCUGUCAGUCACGACCAGCCCACCUUCCUCACGACCAGUCCGGAUUCAGCAGAGCCUUCAGUAACCAAACUCCUUUGUCGUAGGGCUCCAACCUUUCCUUGGCUAGCUGGUUCUGAUGAAUCGCAGCUAGUAGCCACUGACUAGCGGCUCGUGGUCUUAACUAUUCGCACCUGCUGUUGAACUGUGCCUUAUUCAAACCAAAUUGUGGCUGCCACUUGCCAGGGGUAACUAGAGAUAAGUGGGAAGAGGAUCUGCUCCCUCAAUAUGAUUUCGUUUUUGUGGGACCACCUGAAAUCCACCUGGAGGACUUGACUUAAAGAAAUAUCCAUUUCCAGUACCAGCCUAGCCUUGGGCUUAGAAAAGGCACAUACGUCAGUCUUACCUGCCACGAGGUGUGUGUGUCUGUCUGUCUGUAUGUAUGUGUGUAUAUAAUAUAUACUCCAUUUGUUCAGGUCUAGCCUACAUAAGUAUUAUAUAGAUACAUAUAUACACGCACCUGGGUCUGGCUGCUCCUGGGGCUCAGUGUUGUAAUGUUGUCUCACUGCUGUGAUCUCUCCAGUGGCGAGUUAUAGCCUUGCCUUGUUAAUGGCGCUGUGAUGUUACUGGCUCUGUUUUGUUUGUUUUUUUUCUUUUCACUCCUCUGCUGCAGCUGUAGAAGACGCACGCUCGCUAGUAUACAUGCCUGGCGGUGUACGGACCACGGCGCGUAUUGCGCUGAUACAUUCCUGUUGGAUCGGAGUGGUGUGGAGAAGCUGCGCUCAGCCCAGCUAGAUCAGAGCGCAUGCUACAUCCCCGUGCCAGGGGUGGCGUGCAGGGGUUACACUGUCUCACCUGUCUUUUAUUUGGAGGAGGGGUCCUGGGGCUGAUCUUUUCCCUUGAGUGAGGAGUUGCAGACCUUCACUGUGAUGAGAGGACCCUUCCUUCCCAGGCUGGAGAUGACUCACCUGCUCACUAGGGGGCAGCGAUGGGUAGCAGUAGGUACGAAGUGCUGCAGGGCAGAGGGCUGUGAAGUGCUGUCAGAGUAAUUGGGCUUUACCAAGGAAGUCUGAACUCCAAUUGAUGGGGCUAAUUUACUUCUGCGCUAGAAGCUGUGCUUUUCCAGGGAGUCCCCCUCCCGCCUAUCUCUGCCAGGCAGACAUCAUCAGGAUGAGCUGCGGCUGCCGAGUGCCAAGCCAAGACCACCUUAAGGUAUAGAAGCCAAAAACCUGGAGCAGCUGCUUACCCCUUCCUUACUGCCCAGGCGGUGCCCGGCCUGCCAUUCAACGCACAGACUGCGCAACCCCAGUCCUCCCAAGUGCUGCUGGGAGAUCUGACCAUCACGCCCCUCCUUCCCCUCCCAGAGAGGUGAGGCUGGCAGCUGAGCAGACCUCAGUAACUUUAUACUGUAAUAAGCUCUCUGAAUGUGUACAUUCUUAUUUUUACAACCUUUUUGGUUUUGUAUUUAACGUUCACUUGAUCGAGCCAGAGCUGGAAAUCAUUGUAAAUGUUCCUAUGCGCUGUCGCAUGGCGAGACGGUUUUGUAUUUACGUAUAAAUAUACCUACAGACAAUCCGUACGUUUAGCUUCGUCAAUGCAGCCGCUUGGGGAAUGGGAAGGGGGAGUU